AUGGAGGCAAGAACAAAACCUAUCAGUCUUACCGAUGAUGUCUCGGUACGCGUCUUGCCCUUUCUCCACCAGGCGAUGAAGAACUACGGAAAGCUUUCUUACUCGUGGGCGGGUACUACACCGAGGCUUAUGAUCAUGAAUCCUGAGCACGUAAAGGAAAUUUUCAACAGAGUUUACGAUUUUCCGAAACCAGAGGUGAAUCCUUUAGUGAAAUUGUCUACCGGUGUUGCGAGAUAUAACGGGGAGAAAUGGGCGAAACAUCGGAGGAUCAUCAACCCUGCAUUUUACGUCGAGAAACUCAAGAACAUGGUACCAGCCUUCUAUCAGAGCUGUUCCGAGAUGAUAAACGGGGUGGAGGAGUUGGUAUCGGAGGACGGAUCUCCGCAUGAGGUAGACGUUUGGCCAUGGCUUCAAAAUCUGGCAUCUGAUGUAAUAUCUCGGACCGCCUUCAGCAGCAGUUAUAAUGAAGGAAGAGCUGUUUUCGAGCUUCUAAAGGAACAAGCUAAGCUAUCUCAGCUGAUCUUGCAGACGCUUUAUAUACCGGGAUUAAGGUAG